AUGACCUCGUAUCUUCGUAGUUGGCUCCUUGGAGCUCCUGUCGAACCGGCGCCGCAAACGCAGCCUAAACGCGCCGAAGAUGCUCCAGAGAUUGAAGUUAUAGAGCCUCAAGACGAUCAUGCAGAAGGGUCGGACGAUGGCUACGAUACAGACAGGCCUCCCGCGUUUCCGGCCAUAAACUCGAUUCAGAGAGCUUCAGCAUCGUCCAAAGGUCAACCAAGUAGCACCUCGAGGGGCCUAAUGGCACCACCCCCGCCGCGCCUUUCCGCGCCGUCUUCGUCAGCGUCUACAAACCUGGCACCAUUGACCACGACCAAAGUCGUCAAAAAGUCGCGAAAAGUUGCACUCGCUCCUGGUCACUCGACGCUCGAUUGGGCGAAUCUCAAGAGUUCGGGCAAGGAUCUGCGCGGCGGAGUGACUCAACUGCUCCGCGUGACGCCUUCGAUGCUCAAGGAGCAUAAUAAGAAGGACGAUGCCUGGUCGGCAUUCGGUGGUAAAGUCUAUAAUAUUACACCAUAUAUACCGUUUCAUCCGGGAGGCGAGAAAGAGCUCUUGCGGGUUGCUGGCCGCGACGGGACUAAAUUAUUUGUCACCAGCACUGACCCACGCUUGGGUCUCGGUCGACAUGAUGCUUGA